GGCGUUCAUGGCGCAGCCAAGGUAUGACGAUGGCGGGCUGCACGGGAGUUACCUCGAGGGCGGAGGUGGCGGCGGCGGCGCAGGGCUGUACGAUCCGCACGGGAGCGCACGUGGCGUGCCCGGCUUACAUCACAGUCCUCACCUCGGGGGUAUGGGCCCAGCUCAUCCCCAGUACCCACCGCCUCCGCCGCAGCCACCCCAACACGUGCUCGCGGCCGCGGCCGCGGCUGCCGCAUCCGCGGUGCCCGACGUACACAAACGCGACAAGGACGCGAUCUAUGGACACCCCCUGUUCCCACUUCUCGCGUUAAUCUUCGAGAAGUGCGAGCUCGCGACGUGUACGCCGCGUGAACCAGGCGUCGCGGGCGGUGAUGUCUGCUCGUCUGAGAGCUUCAACGAGGACAUCGCUGUCUUCUCCAAACAGAUCAGACAAGAGAAACCAUACUACAUCGCGGAUCCGGAGGUGGACUCGCUGAUGGUCCAGGCGAUCCAGGUCCUUCGGUUUCACCUCCUCGAGCUCGAAAAGGUCCACGAACUCUGCGACAACUUCUGCCACCGGUACAUCAGCUGCCUGAAGGGCAAGAUGCCGAUCGACCUGGUGAUCGACGACCGGGAGAGCUCGAAACCGCCGGAGAUCGGUAACGGUCUAGACGGUGGCGGGCCGAGGAGCACAGCGGACAGCACCAGCCACACGGACGGAGCCAGCACGCCGGACGUCGUGAGUACCUCACCAUCGUCAACGUCUUAUUAUCCGCACGACGCGAUCACCCCCAAUUACCACCAUCACCACCACCACCACCACCAUCACCAGAAUAAUAACAAUAAUAAUAAUAAUAAUAAUCACACCGGUAUCGGCAGUACCGCCACUACCACACCCCUGCAACUGAGCCAAAACCAAAGCCAAAACCACCACCCUGCGCCGCAGUCGAACACCACCACUACUACUGCUAUUACCCCAAGUAGCGCCGCCACAACUCCCAACUCCCUAAAGCGUACGCACCAACAGAUGAUGAUGGCAGCCGCGGCGGCAUCCGCGAUGGCCACCUCGCCGCACGCAGCCGCAUCCGCGCCCCCAGCGCACGCGCACGCCGCCCUCGCCGCCUACCACAGCAUCAGCUCGGCCGUGUAUCCGUGCUCGUAAUAGACGACGCGACUUCCGUGCCGAUACCGCGAGACCUAUUCACAUCUUAUCGUCCUGUGAAAAAAGAAAACCCUUCUUCUGUCUUCUAUGGC